AUGCAAGAUUACAGGUUAUUAUCUGUGUCAUGUGGCAGCUCACACCUGGUGAUCUCCGUUCCAGUGGAUCUCUUUGGGACUGGUGUACCUGUUCAUGCCAAUGAAUUGACUCUGGGGUCAGGCUGUGCUGUGACUGCAGUACGCCAGGAUAUGCUUUUGCUGGAAUAUCCUCUCUCUGCUUGUGGGGCCUCCAGAAAACUUCAUCCAAACAGUAUCCAUUAUGGAAAUAUUCUUCACUACAAACCUCUAGCCUCUAAUGGUGUGAUCCGGACCAGUCGCUUCUCCCAUCCUGUAGACUGUUUCUAUCCCAGGUCAGGCAAUGUCUCUUCACUUGAAAUUCAGCCCACUUGGUUCCCCUUCAGUUCCACCCUGAUGGACAGGCAGCGCCUGGAUUUUGCCCUUGAAGUUUAUGAUAAUACUUGGUCACUCCCCAUUUCCAACCCCCGUUACUAUCUUGGGGACCUAAUCAACAUCCAAGCAUCUGUUAGAAAGGGUAGCCAUGUACCCCUGAAGAUAUACGUGGAUGAGUGUGUUGCCCGACCAAGUGCAGAGUCUUCUGUGAAAUAUGAAGUAAUCACAAAUCAUGGGUGUCUUGUAGAUGGGCAGCACAGCCGCUCCCACUUCCUUGCCACUCGAGCAGCUGACACCCUCCGCUUCCAGCUGGACACCUUCACCUUCAAUGGAGCCUCCAACCAGGUCUACCUCAUAUGUCACUUGAAGGCUGUGUCCACUGACUCCACCGACCAUCGCAACAAGGCAUGUUCGUAUGACCACUACACCUCAACUUGGAGCUCCAAGGAAGGAGGAGAUUGUUCCUGCUGUGCUUCACCUACUGGCUGUGGAAGCAGGAGGAGAAAGAGAGGACAGCAGCAGAGAAAAGGGUUGUUUGGAGAAGCAGAUCUCAAAUUUGGCCCCAUCACACUAGAAGCUCAACAGAUGGACUCAUCUUUGAUGUAUAGGUCCAGUGCCUUUGAGUUGAUGGAUGUAGCAGAACUGCUUUCAACAGACAAGACUUCCCAUGCUACCUUGUUGCCCUAUGUGCAGUUUGUGAACACAAUCAUGAGAAAGAAAGUGAGCGAAGAUGCCUCCUCAGGGUUAUACCUCCCCUUCUCUACAACUACCCUGGUCAUAGCAAUUGCCUGCUCUUUCAUUAUAAUUCUGUCCAUUCUGGGCUGUUAUUUCUCUAGCAGACGGGCCCACAGGGGAUACCACAUGGAGGUUGUUGGUGCAGCCCUAGAAGAGUCUGGCACUGUAGCUAUGGCACCUGCUGCUGUUGGAACAUCUGGUUCUGCCUCUAGAAAACCUGGUGUGAUGAUAGCUGCAGCCCGAGGGCAAGCUGUUUCUGUCUGAAUCUGUAAUGUGUUAAAUAAAUAUUAGUGGCACAGGAGAUUUUGUGUGUGUACCUUUUAUUAUAUUGCCAGAAAAACUGUAAUGAUCUCUCAAGCUUUACAUGGAAUACUGAGUGUCAGGCACUGUGUACAUAUGCAUGUCCUACAGGUCAGGAGAGGCUUUGGAGCUUAUGGCUGUUACUGUGUGCCUCUUUCCUUCCUGCCUUCACCAAUGCAACAUCUAGCAUGGGUUGCUUCAUUAUUGCUGAUCUUCAACUUAGGUUUGCACAAGGAGACCUUUCUUUAUGCAAAACAACUUAUUCCUCUAAAUGUCCACUUAGUCUUCCUUGGAGAUAAAACUUAUACACAGUCCUUUGGCACUGUCUACACAGCUCUCUAUAUGAGGCUCCCUGGUCCACAUCUUGGCUGACAAUUCCUAGGAAGCAGUGGUGGGAUCCAAAAAUUUUAAUAACAGGUUCCGAUGGUGGUGGGAUUCAAAUAGUGGCGCCGCCACACACACACAUCUCCAGUACCUAUUGGGCAGGGAAGUUGCUUUAGUAACCCCUUCUCCGCACUCAGAAAGAAUCAGUAACCACUUCUAGAGAAGUGGUGAGAACUGGUUGGAUCCCACCUCUGCUAGGAAGCCUCCUAAUUUAAAUUAUCCCAUUAUAUUACUGUAUACAGAGGAAUACUCAGAGGGAAGGAGCACUCUUCAAAGUUCAGAAUUCACAGUACUAAGAGUUCAUGUGGUUUCUUUUUAAUGUUUGAUCUGCCCCUGCUAUCCAGGCACAUAUGAAGGUAAAUGUUGUUCUUCUAUUUUUCCUCAUAAUUAGUAAGCAAUUAAUGUAUUCUAGUAUUAGAUCAAAGGAGAUAAUAUGUGGCUAGGCUACAGAUGCUGUAAACAUGGCCUACUAAAAGAGAAGAAGAAGAGUUGGAUUUGUAUCCCCCCUUUCUCUCCUGUAAGAAGACUCAAAGGGGCUUACAAACUCCUUUCCAUUUCCCCCUCACAACAAACACCCUGUGAGGUAGGUGGGGCUGGGAGAGCUCAGAAGAACUGAGACUAGCCCAAGGCCACCCAGUUGGCGCGUGUUGCACCUGGUAUAGAGAACAUCCCGGCAGAGUUUACAGCCCGUACCAGUUAAAACCAGUUCUUCUCCCUCUCCCUUGAAAUCCCACAAAUGCUAAGGUGGGUGGUUUGACUAGCUCAGAAAAAUUGCAAACCAUGCACUCUUUCAUUCCCCUGUAGCAAUUUUAUGUUUACAAAUAAAAUCUUCUUGGCAAAAUAAACGCUGAUCAACCUUUUCCCUAUUUCUUCCCCUUUAUCAUCAGUGGGUGAAUGUCUGGUCAUGGACUAUUGUUGGGAUUUGCAAGUGUCUGUCACAAUUCAGACAUGAAGGGGUUAACUAUGUGCAUGCUAAUUAGAUACUGAGGCCAGAGUUUUAUGGCCAGUUCAUUGAUUAAGCUAUUGGUCAGCUAAUCCUGGCAUUGACUAUGUGAGACUUAGACAGAAGUUAUAAAGUAAAGUAUGUUUCUUUGUCUCUCCCACACACGAGAUACACGAUGCCACAUUGUUGAGAAUCUCUGCUUUGCUAGAUAGGCACCGUGUGGGAUCACAUGUUGCUAAGCUAUGUAACCAAGUUAGUGUUAGGAUAGAAAGCUGUUCUUUAUUUUCUUCCAUGUAAACCCUUCCUAUUAAUAAGUAAACUCAUUUAUAUAAAAACCA